AUUUAUAUUUUUAACUAGUUGUUUUAAUACAUACAUAAAUAAUAUUUGUUUUUUUUAUUUUUAUUUAAUUUUAUUUUUAUUUUUUAUUUUAUAUUUAAUUAAAAUUUUAACUGUAGUUUUAAAUUUUUUUUAAAAUAUAAUUAUUAUUUAAAAAUAAUAGUUGUGAGACAUAUAUAAAAUAAUAAUAAUAAUAAUAAUAAUAAAAAUUAAUAAUAAUAGUAAAUAUUUAUUUUAUAAAUAAAUUCUUUUAAUAAUUUUAUAUCUAUUUUUUCCUAAAUAAAUUUCCAUUAUAGGUAUAUUAGGAGGGAUUAAUAAAAAUAAAAAUAAACUUCGAAUUUAAAAAAAAAUAAUAAUAGGAAAAAAUUUUAAUAUGUCAUCUGGUUUAAAAACUCAAAAUAAAAUGUUAGAAAUUUUACAUGAACAUUCAAUUGAAUCACCAGAGAAUUUAUUCGUUUUUAAUAACAAAUCUCCACAUCAACAACAAGAUGAAUUAGAGUUACCAGUAAAAAAAAAACUUAGACAAUGUGAUUCCUCAAUUUUAGAAAAUAAUAACACUGAACACAGUAAUAAUAAUAAUUUAGAAACAAAUAAACAACUCUUAAAACAAUCUAGUUUUUCAGUUCCCUCUUCAAAUUUUUAUAUUCCAUGUAGUUUUAAUGAAUCUACUGAUUCAAUCAUUCCCAAUUUAGACGAUAUUAACAGCAAUACAAAUAAUGAAAUAAAUAGUGGCAAUGAUAAUAAUAAUAAUAAUAAUAACAACAAUAUUAAUAGUAAUAAUGAAGAUAAAAAUAUAGAUAGAAAUAGAGUUGAUGACAAUGAAGAGGAGGUAUUUUGUAAUGAUCUUACCAAAGGAGAAAAGAGGGUUAUAAAUUUCUUAAAUGAUGAUGAUAAUCAACAAUGUAAUAUAAAUAGUUUUUGUAAUAUAAAUAAUGACCAGCAACAACCACAACAACAUCACCAAUACCAAAAUUACCAAGAGCAAGAACAAGAUAGUACAACUAGUAGCUUAAACUCUUCUAUAAGUGAUUUAGAAGAUUCAGAUUCUCAAACAAUUAAAAAUUUAAUAAUAGAAAAUAACUUUGAUGAAAAAAUCGAAGAAAUAAAAAAUGUUGAGGGUAAUAUAAUAUUGUUAUCAUCAUCAUCCUCAUCCUCAUCAACCUUAACAAACUCAGAUUCAUCAACCACAACUACUGUAAUGUGCACCUCAACCAGUAUAUCAACAUCAACUACACCACCAUCGCAUCCAGCAUUUUUCCAUAAUCUUCAACAACAACAAACUACAUCAAUAGUAAUAAAAGAAGAUCAAACCAAAAACUACAAUCACUAUUAUCAUAGCGACGAGGAUUUGGAUGAUGACUGCGACGAUGAAGAUUGUGAUGAUGAUUCUGAAGAGGAAGAAGAAGAAGAAGAAGAGGAUGAAUUUAACCCAUUUUUAUUUAUUAAACAAUUAGCAAAUGCUCAAACUUGCCCUCCACCUGUUGCACUUCCACCAAAAGACCAUGAAUCACCAAAAAUUUCAUUAGUUUUAGAUCUCGAUGAAACCCUUGUUCACUGCAGCACAGAACCAUUAAAUCAACCACACCUAAUUUUCCCAGUAUUUUUUAAUAAUACAGAGUAUCAAGUAUUUGCUAAAAAGAGACCAUUCUUUGAAGAAUUCCUUCAUAAAGUUUCAACAAUUUUUGAAGUCAUUAUAUUUACAGCCUCCCAAGAAGUUUAUGCAAACAAGCUUUUAAAUAUUAUUGAUCCAUGUAAAAAGAUAAAGCACAGAUUAUUCCGUGAUUCAUGUGUUUAUGUCGAUGGUAAUUAUUUAAAGGAUCUUUCAGUUUUGGGUAGAGAUUUAAAACAAGUUGUAAUUAUUGACAAUUCACCUCAAUCUUUUGGUUUCCAAGUUGACAAUGGUAUUCCAAUCGAAUCCUGGUUUGAAGAUGAAAAUGACAAAGAGUUGCUCCAAUUAGUACCAUUUUUAGAAUUAUUAUCAAAUGCAGAAGAUGUUAGACCACAUAUUAGAAACAAAUUUAAGCUUCACGAAUUGAUUUCCCAAGCCUAAAAAAAAAAUU